CGGCCGCCGGAGCGUCCCGCGCCGUCCUCCAGCAGACUCUGAGCAAGUUCGCGUGUUUAGGAGGAAACGUGAGACGAAUCUCAGCUGGAAGGUCAGUUUGUGUCGGACUCACCUGAACAACAGGCAGCACGCUGGUGGCGCUGUGAUGUCACGCUCUGUGGAGGAGAAGCGCUCGGCCUGCUGGGUAAAAGUGAGUAGAUGGGAGUCCGUCAGUAGAAACCUACAGAACACAGAGAGUGGAGGAGGAGGAGGAAGAAGAGGAGGAGGAAGAGUGCUGUGGGUGGCAGUCGCUUUCUCUCUGUUUGGCAGCUCUGAUGAAGACCAGCGAGAUGAAGCCCAGAGGAAAGAGGAUGAGAUGAUCCUGCUGCUGAAGAAAGCUAAGCUCAGUGUGUAUCGGGGGGAGCUGCAGGUCGCCUCUGGUUUCCUCCACCAAGCCGUCGUUCUGGCUCAUCAGACCCGCAACAACCAGGCCAUCAUCUAUACCUACAGCCUGAUGGCGAAUCUAGCCUACGUUCAGGGUCAGCUGGACAGCGCAGAGAAACUCUUCAAAGCAGCAAUGAGCUUCAUGUUGUCAGGAGGAACACCACAGGACGACAACGCUGUCAUCGAGAUGUCUCUGAAACUCGCCACCAUCUACGCCGAACUGAACAAGGCGGAGCUUGCAGAGCAUGGAUUCAGGUUCUGUAUGGAGUCUCUGGAGGCCAAACUGGAGAAAGAGGAGAUCCCUGCAGAGGAGCAGACAGAGGAGGAGGAGGCUUUGAGGAAGGAGACCCGCCUGCUGCUUGGUCUGUGUUUGGACUCGCGGGCUCGAUACCGAGCGUCAACGCUGCACCUGAACCAGGCUCAACAAGACUACGAGAGUGCCCUGAACAUCUGCCGCCAGGAGCAGGGAGACACACACCCACAGACUCUGGUCCUGAUGAGCGACCUGGCCACCAUCUUGGAUCUGCGGGGCCGCCAUGACGACGCCCUGGUGCUGAUCCAGCAGGCCGUCAAUCUGAGCCGUUCCGCUGGACACCCAGACCAGCAUGUGCUGCUGGGAAACAUGGCUGGCAUCCUGCUGCACAAAGGCCGGCUGGAGGACUCGGUGCAGUUCUACCAGGAAGCUCUGAGUCUGGCUCAGCAGGCCAGAGACCAGGAGGCUGUGAACAAGAUCCAGGAGGGACUGAAGGAGGUGGAGAACAGGAGGAACCAGGAGAGGAAGGAGCAGGAGCAGGGUGCACAGAAGUGAUGGCCUGGUGGUCUGGACAGUCAGAAUGGUGGUUUCUGUUGCCUCCCUGUGGGGCCUGAUGAUGAUGUGAGCCCAUCAGCACCAGACUGUGUCUGUAGAACUACUGGACAGAUGUCCAGGAUCCCGGUGACCCCUGAGACCUCCUCCAGCACCUCCACCAGGACAGCGGUUCCUCUGGUACUCUUGUACUUGUCCUCUGGAUCGUGUUCAUGCUCUCAGAGGAUGAACCUUUAGAUUUGAACUUGUUUGUCAGAGUUCUGGAUCGGAAGUCGUUUCAUAGUUUGAUGUUUCAGUUGUGUUUGCUUCCUUCCAUCAGAAACUGAAGCUGCUGUUCACGGUGAAAUAAAUCAGUGUGAAACCGACAGGAACUGCGUUCUGUCGUGUCAGGAAGUAUGACAGACUUCAAACAGCUGAGAGAGACAACAGCAAACACAGCAGCUUUCAGAGAAACGAAGACUUUCAUCAUUAAAAUACAUCUGUGCUCAAUCAACUCAUCAAUUAAAUGACUGAACACUGCAGAUCUUAAUGACACCCCCCUCGAAACCUAAACCUGGUUCUAACCUGGACCCUAGACUCAGUCUGUACCCUCAAACAGAACACAAAAAUACUUCUUGUUUGUCAGUAAUACACAUGGUACUGAUGGUGCAGUAUGAAGCUGCUCACAGUACAAAAACCUCUUACUGUAAAAAGUUUUCAAGUGAAAAGUUUCCUCAAAAACAUGAAAAGUGUCAUUUCAUGACAUCUUAUUACAUCAGCGUAUACAGUACUAAUACUGUGUGUACUACUCCUGUAUAUUCUUGCAUCCACAGCAGCACAU